UCGCGGCAAAUCUGAAGUGUUAAUAUAGUUAUGAAAAAUUAACGUUAUUUGUUUGUUUAAAUAUUGCAAAAGCACUGUUUAUAUUAAAUAAUUAGAGUUGUCAUAGAGUUGUUUAGAAAAUGACCGAAACUCUGUAUUCAGAAUCACUAAAAGUUAAGUACAAAUGCCAAGAUGCAGAAGAUAGAUUCGUGGUAAUCAAGGUAACAGUGGAGUUACAAACCACCACUUCUCCUCUGCAUAGAAAAGAUCUCCUUGUGCGAUUAACUGACGACAAAGAUCCUUUUUUCCUGUUUAACUUGUGCCUUGGAGAAGAAGACUUUCAAAGCCUUAAAACCCAACAAGGAUUAUUAGUUGACUUCAGUGCCUUCCCUCAAAGAUUCAUCGCACUUCUGCAACAAAGCCACAGUGAGGAGUCAAGAGAAAGUCCAAAGUUUUUGCUUCAGUUUGUCCUAGAAGAGAGCAGCAGCUUCAGCACAUCUAACAGUGGUUGUGGGAUUCUGAAAGUAAUUGAAACAAAUCCAUUCAAACACCUCACCCACCUGUCACUCAAUUUUCUUCAUGGUAACGAUAGCGAUGUGAAGAAAUAUCUUGCAUCAUGUCUCAAAACAACACUGGACCACAAAGCUUGGUUGGAGAACAAACUGAGUGAAACUGAACAUGACUUGGGACAGAAGUUGGAAAAGACGAGGCAACAGUUGUCGUGUAAGAGUCAGGAACUUGAUCAACUUCGUUCAGAGGCGGGGGGAAAAUCUGAGAGGUUGACCACUAAACAUGCUCAGGAACUUAACAUGGAAAGGGAGAAGGCACUCAAGUUGCAAGAAGACUUACAGAAAAGAUACGACCGUGAGAGAAAAGAUCUCGACUCAACUUAUCAAAAAAAUCUUCGACAAAAAGAAGUUCGUUUAUCAGAACUUGAGAAUGUGAACAAGGAGUUAACAGACCGUCGAUACAGAGCAGAAGCAACCAUACGUGAACAGAAGGCAAAGCUUGCAUCGCUCGACGAGGAGCAUAGGAGGUGCAGGAGUGAUCUUCAGCAGUCGAGGAGGGAGAACAGUUCGUUAGAAGCAGAACGACAUUCUCAGGAAAAAACAAUCCAACAAAUGAAGACAAGAGUAGCAGUUCUUGAACAAGAAUUAUUGGAUAAAGAACAACUUGUGGCUCGCAUUACUUCAUCAUUAGAUGCUUCACAACAACAAAAGGAACAAUUAGAUGACAGAAGAUCUGAACAACAAAUCCAGAUUCGAAAGAUGGAAGCUACGAUAAAAACUAUGUCAGAUGAGUUGAUAAAGGGAAAUGAGAUAAUCAAGAAACUCCAAGAUGAAUUACGAGGUUAUAUGGGGAAGGUGAAGAUAAAGAACGAAGUGACAACGAGACAAGAGAAACUUAUCGGAGAAAAAGAACAAAUGGCUGAAAAAACUAGAAAGGAAUUGGAAGAAACAACAAACAAGCUAAAGAAUAGUGAAGAUGAAACAAUGAAACUAAAGGAUCAAUUAGAAACUGCAUUAAGUAAACUAGAAGAGAGCAAGAACUUGCUCAAAACUAAUGAAAAUGUAAUCAACUGGUUGAACAAGCAAAUCAACGAGCAGCAUCUUGUGUCCAGGAUGAACCCCCCUCCUCAACCUCUCCCCUCCCACCCAGCUCCCCAUCCGAUCCCCUCCCAACAUCUCCUACCUCACGAACAUCAUUCAUCAGUUAAUUCAUUCAAACCUUCAUUUAACCAUUCUGCUCCCAACUACAGCACCCCUAUCAGUGUUGCUCCACAACCCCACCUAUCAGCCAACCAUUCAACCCCUAUCUCGGCCAUUGGGUCAAGCCCCCAUAUUAACCCCAUGAAGCCCCAACCAAGUGAAGGUAGUCGUAUACCCCGCCCUAAUGUAGCAGGGGGUGCACAGGUGGUAUACAACCCAAGCAGAAACAAGGAGAAUCUUUCGCCAAAACCUGGAGCUGACAACUCCAUCGACCCCAAGUAUCUAACUCGCUCCGCUGACGUUAUUACCGUGCGCAGUCUAUCGCCAUCUUGCGACACUUCACCACCGAAAUUGUCGGCUGCUAACCCGUCUACACGGCUCAGUCAACAGGUAAUGAACAAAGCUACCCUCGGUCGCCCAGGUCAUGUCCGCUUUCAACCCCAGCAGCCAAACUCCGCAGUCUCCGCUUAUUUUACCGGAGCCAUGCCGAAGCCAAGUUAGACCCUCUCCUUCAGUCUUUUUGGCCAAGUUCGACGACCUAAGUUCCCACGGUGUGCGUAACGGCGGCAGCGGUCACAAGUUUUGUAAUAGAAAGUCGUGUUUAUAUCUCCCUGGUCCUUGACGCUUGUAUAGACUUACCGCCUCCGCCGUACCCUUUAACCUUCGCGUGUGACUUUUUGUAGCGAUUUACUCUUUCCAUAUGUGUUCCCGCCGUUGGCUUACCGCACCCCCCGUAUUUAUGUGCGUUUCGACUUCGUAAACUACAAUAAAAGCCACCAGAAUCGCA